GAAGGAGAGGGGGAGGUGCACCCCACGGUACACCCAUUACUAUGGAAACUGGUAAACUGUACGAACGCUUCAAGAACACAGUGACAUGUUCUGGUAAUCCUAUGGACAAGAUAUGAAUACAUAACACCGAGGAUUCGUGAUUGGGAUAAUAACUAUGCUUGCCUCAUGCAUCGGCUGGAGGAAAUUGAUGGUGAUACAGUCUUCUUCUGCCUCCACGCAGAUCUGACUUGUUGCCGACUUGUAGCUGCUGAAAGAUGUCCUUUGCACCGAGGACCUCACUAACCUCUGCCAAGAUGCAGACCAAGAUGAGUGCCUGGACACCUCUUAACCACCAGAUGUCUAAUAACAAUGUGUUUGAAGAGCGAAGAAACCUGCUGGGAAAAUGGUUUGACAAGUGGAGCGACGGCCAGAGGAAGGCGGUUCUACAGGACUUCUUCUUGCGGUGUUCAGUGGGCCAGCUGCGGUUCCUCCGUCAGAACCUGACCAAGAGGGUUCCGGAGGAGAACCUAGACUUCACUUCUGUCCUACCCAGAGUUCUCUCUCUCUAUGUCUUCUCUUUCCUCGACCCUAGGAGCCUUUGCAGGUGUGCACAGGUGAGUUGGCACUGGAAGGGCAUAGUUGAGUUGGACCAGCAAUGGAUGCCCAAGUGUCUUAGACUGGGCUGGUGCAUCAACUUUGCCCCCACACCGUUUGAACAGGGGGUCUGGAAGAGACAUUACAUAGAGACAGUACUGGAGCUCCACAUCGGCAAGCCUAAGACUCCAUCACAGCAGAAUUUCAUUGUCCCUGAGGUGAUGUCCAUAAACAGUGUGACGUUUGACCAAUCAGCGAGCUUCCAGCGAGAGAGGAGCGUUGGCGGCACCACGAGGGGGUCAGGAGGGUCCCAGCUGAAGGGGCUACCCCCGUGGAGGGGUGCAGACAGACACCCCACUGACACUGUGCGUUUCAAUUAUCUGGAGAAUCUGGACCCCAUAGAGCACGCCCGCCAAGUAAAAGUGAAGAGUACAGGGGUUUUCAACACAGACAAUGCAAAGAAGAAAGAGCUGUCUACAGCCAAUUAUAAACUGCGAAAGGCAAAGUCAUUGAUGUUCCUGUCCUUGGACCUGACUCCAGGUUCGGGUUCUGGAGCAGGGCAGCAGAAGCAGAACCGGUUCCGCCCCCAGUGGGCCACACAGAGCCUGGAGUACCCUGUCACCAAGGCAACAGCCAAGAGCCUGUCGCGGUCGAGCCAAUGGAACGCUGGGAUACGACCUGGUCCGGUGAGGUCAGCGGUGCCUAGGCUCAGUCAGGAAGGACUGAGGGCAUCAAUGAGGACACACAGGAGUACACCUACAACACCACUGUUUGAGGGACAGCCUUGGAGGAUACAAGCUUCCAGUGGUGGAUCAGACGAGGAGUGAAUCAUAUCGCCACCUUGUGGAGCACUUUAGUACUGCAGCACAUCCAGGAUACAGCAGCGAUUCUCAACUGGGGUGUCGUGAUCAACAUUCCCUCAAAUGUUUUGGGGCACUGAGCAAUCUUGAACAUUGUGGGAAUUUUGUGCAACUUCUGGCGCGCGUUUAUAGUGAACACUGUGGCUGUACCCUUACAGUUUUAGACAAUAGGCUUUUGUGGCUAUUUGAGCAUAAUGGAGCAAAUCGGAUAACAUUUU